AGCUGCCAUCAACCUGCUUCUCGAUCUUAAACGUUCAAAAUUCUUAUUUCUUUUUGUCUUACAGAAUUAAUUUUAUUAUUUCUUUUGCUUAAUCUUUUUAUGAUGGAUGCCAGAGCACAAUAUCGCCAUUUAGGCCGUUUCUCUUCCAAGUUUUCCUCUUCGCGGCAAGGUGGUGGCGAUAGAUUUAUUCCGAAUAGAUCCGCAAUGAACCUUGACAUCGCCCAUUAUCUGUUAAUGGCGGCUCCAAGAAAGGAGAAGGAGAACAAUUCCGGAAUAUCAUCGUCAGGAAAAGGAAAAGGGGCCUACAGGGAGAUUCUUGACCGCGUUCUUUUGCAGAAUCGAACUCGGAUACUCGAAUUCAAUAGCAAGCCUUCGGCACCGACUGAAGAGAUAUUCCCAGAAAUUUUCUUUGAUUCUCCUUCCAAUCAUAAAAGGCCUUUAAAGAACAAGAGGUAUAUUCCUCAAUCUGCUGAGAAGGUACUUGGUGCGCCUAAUAUUGAGAGUGAUUUUUAUCUAAAUCUGCUUGAUUGGGGAAAAAGAAAUAUCAUUGCUGUUGCCCUUCGGAACUCAGUUUACUUGUGGGAUGCUUCUAACGGAUCAACGUCUAAAUUGGUGACGUUUAAUGAUCAUGUUAGUCCUGUAAGCAGCGUCUCUUGGGCUCCGGAUGGGAAGCACAUUGCCCUUGGGUUGUCCAAUUCCUACGUUCAGUUGUGGGACGUAACGUCGAAUCGUCCAUUGAGAACUCUAGAAGGUAUUCAUCAGUCCAGAGUAGGAUCUCUUGCUUGGAAUGGAGGUAUCCUCACAACAGGUGGAAUGGAUGGCAAUAUUGUAAACAAUGACGUGAGAAUUAGAUCCCACAUUGUCCAGAAAUAUAGAGGGCAUCAUAUGGAAGUCUGUGGGCUAAAAUGGUCGGGCUCUGCAAACAAGUUAGCCAGCGGAGGCAAUGACAAUCUUGUUCAUGUGUGGGACUGCUCCAUGGCUGCCUCUACCACAACUUCAAAUCGAAGUCCAUGGCUCCAUCGGUUUGAGGAGCAUACGGGUGCAGUUAAAGCUCUUGCAUGGUGUCCUUUCCAAAGAAAUUUGCUUGCCGCUGGCGGUGGUGAGAGUGAUCGAUGCAUCAGAUUUUGGAACACAGACAUAGGGAAUUGUCUCAGUUCAGUUGAUACUAACUCACAGGUUUCUGGACUUAUCUGGAGUAAAAAUGAGCGUGAGCUGUUGAGCUCUCAUGGUCUACCUCACAACAAUUUGGUAUUGUGGAGGUAUCCAUCUAUGCAGAAGAUAGUUGAACUCGAUGGUCAUUUUUCUCGAGUGCUGUUCACGACUCAAAGCCCUGAUGGAUGUAGAGUGGCAUCAGCAGCUGGGGAUGAAACGUUGAGGUUAUGGAAAAUUUAUGAAACUUCAACUGUGGGAAAAGCUGCAAGUAAGGGAGCAAGCACAACCCCUUUUGCUAGUUUCAGCGCAUUUACGACCAUUAGGUAAGGUUGCAAUUGUGGUAUCUUCUGUGAUGGGCCUGGUAAGAACACACAAGUAAGUCCCUGUUUUCUCAUCAGCAUAUUCUGCAUGUUUGUGGGCUACCAUUUUAUGUUUUAUAAUUUUCUUUCAGUCUACUAAUUUGAUCUUUGUUCGUCAUUGUAUUGUAAGUAGCUUAUACUCCACUUGGUGGCAUUGCUCCGUUCCUUAUUGUAACCAAAAAGACCUUGCAUGCUUCAUCUGAUUUUUUUCACUUCUUUAUGACAUUUUCUUUUUUUAUAUUUAGUUGCAUCAACAGUUGCUCAUCCAGUCUGCAAUUUGAGCAAAAUUUGAUGAGUCUAUGAAGUCAAUGCAAAGGUUUAAUGUAAUUAAGUUACAAUGAAAAAAUUUAUAUGCAGAUUUUCAAUAAUACUAACUUUCUGUAGCUAUUAUAUUUGAAAUUUAAUAUUCCUAGACUCUAAUAAAAAAAAUUACAUGCUUUUUCAUGUUUUUAAAUAUGAAAAUAACUUUUAAAGUUUUAAUCUAUAUGUUCUUGCUUAAUGGGCCAUACCUGAUUCUUUAAGACCAAGGCUUUAUUUUUUUGUUGGUGGCCCUCUCUCUUGCAUUUGUCAUUCAUUAGUUGGCAAAUCCACAUAUGGGUGAGUUUAAUGUUUCGAAUGGAUCACCUCAACAAGUAUAUUAGCUGCUGGUAAAUUCAUCUUUAGUAUAUUCAUUUUAGAUGGCUCAGUUAUUGACCCUUUGCCAUGCCUACAUUCCCUUUAUCUUCCGCUUAAAAAAAUUAUUUUCUGCAUCAACAGGUGAACUUUAUUGAUUAUAUUUGAAAAUGUUAUCUUGUCUUAUAUUGUGCUAAACAAGUUCAGACUGCAAUUUUUUUCUUAAGACUUUGGAGCAAAGUAAUGUAAACUCACACACACAUCACACUCACAAGCUUCGAGCCCAAACCUUUUGGUUGAUAGUCAAAGCUCCUAACCAACAUAUCAAGGUGAGCUGCAUUUUUCUGCUGCUAUUCAGUAGUGAUAUAACUCCACGAGUACACAUGAUAUAAUGAUUUUAUUUUAUUUUUAAUUGUAUGGUAAUCUAGUCAUAAUUACUUGCAUAUGCUGGAAUGAAUCAAAACAUUUUUUUGCUUAAAACGAGUUCAAAUAAAAAAAAAAUCCUAUGCCUCUUUUUAAAAUCAAAUUUCUUCCCUGUGGUUUAUAAUACGCUAAAUCAUUCUUCAUUAACAUAUAUAAUUUAAGAGUACUAGUUAUUUUCUCAUUCACUUUUGUAAAUUAUCUGAUCCUUUCAUAUGAAUACAUUUCUACCGUUAAGCAUCAUCAUUCAAAAUCAUCGUCUUCAUACUUGAGUUGUAACUUAAUUUUGGAUGAAUUCUGCAGCUAUGUUCGGGCGACUACUUAGAACAACAGUUUACAAAAGUAUUUUACAAUAUCCUUAAGCAUAUACAUAUGAUGGUAUGGUGGUUGUCCAAGUAGAUGCGCCCAUCUAUUUUGCAAACACAAGUUAUAUAAUGUUUUCAUUACUCUUGGGCAUUACGUUUUUAUUAAGCUUCCUUAAUGUUCUAAUGCAUUUAACUUACUUGAUUUAGGAUACACUAAUUAACAAUCUUCUCUCAUUUUUUCAGCUUGUUAUUGGCUGGACUAAAGAGGUAGAAUUUCUAUUCACAUUCAAAUUUGAUUUUUUUUUUUAAUGUUUUAUCUUUUACGCUUGAUAGAUUUGAGCAUAACUAAGAAGUAUUUUUAUAGAUACAACAUGUGCAAUUGUCAACUUUCUGAAAUUGAUGAACUCCCAAAAAUACCAAAUGUUUGGUUUUUUGGAUGACUUUGUUUCUGUAUUUGUCAUUCAUACUAUGAAAAAGUUAAUGAGUUCUUUUUUUCUUUGUUGCAUUAGAAUGCCAAAACAUUAAUUGGGGGACUUUUAAAACAGUCCUUAUAGAUGCUUUGGUCAAUCACCUCCACCCAAUUCAGGUAUUUUUGGUAUAUGCAUAUUUAUUUUGUUUGAGAAGAUAUGCAUGAUGUAUUCACAUGAGCACAUACGUGAGAAAUAUGAUUCUAGUUCAGAAUUUUCAUAAAAUAUUAUUAUGAGAUAUAUCAGUUCAUUUGAUUAUAGAGCAUUGAAUCCUUCUUUUAUGUAACUUGAUUAUGGAGCAUUGAGUCCUUGUUUUAUGUUUGUUUGCUGGAGGUGCGAUUCUUAGGGGAUUCCUAUGCUAAUUGUUUGUUAUAAUGCACUUAAUGGAGUUGGGAGUGCAUUACUUUUCAAUCUUUUCAGCUUAACAAAGCAAAUAAAAAUUUUCGAACACUUUUCCUUGUUAUUCAUAUCAUUUAUUUUGCAGUUCUUUUCCUUGAAUGAGUAGGGUUAUUGAGAAACUUUGUUAUUGUCCUAACUUUGGACUUCUUCCAUUUACUAAAUCUGUUUAUUUUCGCAUUAUAGCAAGGUGGAUGAUGAUAAAUCUUUUGAGGAAGCUUCAUCCCUCACUGCCAAAAAGUUAAUGUUUUUGCAGCAGUUUAUAGCAGCGGUUUUAAAACAACCGCUAUAAUAGAUAUAGACAUUGAUUAUAACCGCUUCUAAAUUCACCAUAAAAAAGUUAAAGAUGCCCCAAUAUUUUGUAGCAGUGGUUGCAAACCGCCGGCUGAGCAUGACCGCUCAUAAAUUUGCUGAUCUCAUCCUUUCGUGCCCUAGCCAACUCAUUCUCCCACAACUUCAUCUUCGUAGAUCUCCAUUUGAUGAUCAUCAAUGUUGAAUCAGCUAGCCUCAAUGCCGAAGCCACCAUCUUGACGCCGAAUCCUACCAUCCCAAUGUCGAAUCCACCCAUCGCGAUGCCUAAUCCUGCCGUCCCAUUGCUAGCAGUGAGGGGGGUGAAAGGGAAAUGGAGAGGCCGAUGCCGCCGGUGGAGGUGGUUCCGAUUUUUGGCAAGUAAAUUUCUUCCAAGAGAGAUCAAAUUGGGUGAGAGACCUCUAACAUUUAAAGGGGAAUAGAAUUUGAAAUGCUACAAAAAUUUCAAGCCUUCCACCUCAUAAUUCCUAUCCUCAAGCUCUUGAGCUUAGGAGGCAAAUGGGGCAACUCUUUCAACUUCGGACAAUCAAUUAGGUCCAUUUCAAUUAAGCAAGGAAACAAACAUCCAUCUACAGCAGCUACUCCUGCCUCAAACCAAUCCUCUAAUGCUACAGAUUUUUUUGUGGCACUGUCGGCUGACCAACUUAUCUCCAGAAACAUUCCUACUCACCGUCUUUUUUGCAAUUGUAAUUCUGAAACUGCUUCUCACUUAUUUUUUGAGUGUGAUCUCUCUUUUAGCAUUUUGAAAGCUCUUUUCCCUGGAGCUGCUAUUUUCUUGCUUAGACCUAAUAUUAUAUAGGUUUUCAACGGUAUCAAUGAUAAUUCCCAUCUCUAUUGUUCACGACAAACAUAUCUUGUUGAGCUUGCAGUUCUCUUUGUGUUUAAAUGUGGCUCAUGGACAUUCUCACCUCUUACAGAAGUACAUAGGCAUUAUGGGUUGAAGGAGAAAAUGUUGAUAAGGUUUGGGGUAGUCUAAUGCACAGAACUAGCAAACUUGAUCUUGAAUAGACAUACUUUGAAUUCGUGAAAAUAGCCUCUCAUAAAUGGGUUGGCUGCGCAAGUUUUUUAAAGGUUCAAGCUAUGAGAUUUCUGAAGGGCAAAACCACGGUAAACUUGGUGGUGAUGGACCUUGGAAUGAAUCCUGUAGUUCACAAUUGGUAUUCAUCCUCUCAUUCUUGUCGUAAUGCUGUAUGAUCGUAAGGCAAAAAAAUUUUGGGGUGCAACACACCCUAACCCAGGCAGAGGGAGGACCCCCAGCAACCCCCGGCGAGCUCAAUCAAUGGAAUUGUGGUUCGAGGCAGCAAUACGACUCGAUUAAUCGACACAAUCAAAUUCCACGCUGAACUAACAUACAACUCUCAAUAUAGAUGCAGGAUGCUCUGCUUCUUCUGUAGCUCUUUCAAUAGAAUAACAAAAUAGAUGCUGAGAUUUAUUAGGGAGGGCAAAAGUAAUAAGAAAGUAUUAAUGGAUGCCUCACUUGCAUUAUCUUUUUUUUCUUGUAUCUCUGUAUGUACAGAUUCAUAACUAUUAUGUGUGACAUCUUUUAGUUCAAUAGUUGUUGAAGUUAUGAGCUUCCUUUUGCAGAGCUGGAGAGAGAAAGUCGUAAGUAAGAAGCUCAUAAGAGGAAGUUAAGCUUAUUAGAAUUUAUGGAAUCUCUUUAUCCUACUUCAACAACUAAUGAAUAUAAUAAGUAAUAAAUUUAUGCAAACUCUUUUCAAAUUAGUAGUUACCUUCUUACCAAACAACCAAAUUAAGCAAAAAGUUGCAAACAUGGCCAAUGACAACAAAAGUUCAUGAAACAAUUGUCGGCAUAUCUAAGUAGGAAUGGUAUCAAGGAAUUCGGUCCUUUGCCCAAAACUGGAGUUGUUCCUUUAAACUAAAGCCACUCUGAACAACCAUAGAGGCCUAAUUUCUAACAUCAUUACUCAUUUUGGAAUGUUUGGCUGCAUUAUUUUAUACAAUUCCAAAAGCAAUUCAUUAUCAGGCUGUCAACAUUAAAAAAAAAUAAAAAUGGAAAUUUGUAUAUAUAUAGCCCCUAAAAUAUUAGGAUUUUUAUAUUUAACAUUUAAAUUUUAUUAUUUACAUCAUCUAAUAUUUUGUUAAUGGAUUUCACAGUAGAAUCACUAGAUCUAGUCACACACAUUGUUGAGUCAGUUGAUGUAUUCUCUGAGAAUGUUCAUGUGCGGCUUAGGCUUCAUUUGGGACGGCUUUUUUACUGUUUCUUAAAGUAGCUUUCGAGUACAAAAAUUUUAAUUUUUGUACUAAAAAAUUACUCUAUGAAGCAGAAAGAAAAUCAUCCCAAAUGAAGCCUUCCUCUUCAUCGUCGCAUGUCAUUGGACCACAGCAGGCAGUAAGAGCCGUGUGUGUGUAUUAUACAAUUAUUUUAUAAUAUCAACAAAAGUUAACAUUUCAACAGGAAUUAGAAGAUUAUCUACAACGAAACAUUAAGAACUACAAUAAUAAUAAGUGAUUACAAACAUUUAUUUUUCAAAUUACAGCAAAAAGAUCUUCAACUGAUACUUCAAAAAAUAGAAAAAUCCCUUAAACAGAAGAAAGAUCAUAACUAUAAUUACAAUAUAGAUUGCUAUAACAAUUUUAAUCUGUAUUUUUUAUAGACUAAUGAUUCCUUCUAAUCAUAUCAUUUGCAAUGUAAUGUCAAAUGCUGCAUCAUCAACUUCAUCAAUCAAUUUGAAGUGAUUACUACAAUCCUUUCUUUAGUUGUUGGAACAUCUGAAGUCUUCUUUCACAAUUCUCUUCUCCAGAGCAAGAGAAUGCAAGACAUAUAAGCUUUGUCUACACAAAAUUUUAUCGUUUAAGAUGUAUUUUGAUGCUGAUGAGUUACUUCAACUCCUUUUUGAACAUAUAGUACCUGUUGGUAUUGUAUGUACGCUUGAACUCAAAGAACUAAAAGUAAACCCAAGCUCUGCUUUCAUCUGUCGAAAUCUUCCACCAUGCUUACAGUUCAUCUCUGAGAAAUCUAUUUUGGCUUCUGACUCUUCCGGUUUUGUUAACGGUUGAUGGAGUUACCUUACCACAAGCCUAUUCAGCGGCCAUCAACUUGCAUCUCGAUCUUACUGAAACGUUCAUAAAUCUGAUUUCAUUUUGUCUUACCGAAUUAAUUUUCCUUUCUUUUGACUAAUCUUUUUAUCAUGGAUGCCAGAGCAAAAUAUCACUUUUUAGGCCGUUUCUCUUCCAAGUUUUCCUCUUCACGGCAAGGUGGUCGCCAUAGAUUUAUUCCUAAUAGAUCCUCAAUGAACCUUGACAUCACCCAUUAUCAGUUAAUGGCGGCUCCAAGAAAGGAAAAAGAGAACAAUUCCGGGAUAUCAUCGUCAGGAAAAGGAAAAAGGGCCUACAGGGAGAUUCUUGAUCGCCUUCUUUUGCAGAAUCGAACUAGGAUACUAGAAUUCAAUAGCAAGCCUUGGGCACCACUGAAGAGAUAUUCCCAGCAAUUUUCUUUGAAAAGCCCUUUGAAGAAUAAGAGGUAUAUUCCUCAUUAAUCUGCUAAGAGGGUAUUGAGGAAGAUUUUUAUCUAAAUUAAAACCUGCUUGAUUGAAUAAAAAAAAAA